AUGGUAGACAUCCGGCAUUAUAUCAGUGGCGAGCGGCUUUGCUCGGACGCAUUAGCGAGCUUAGUUCUGUCAGGAGAAAUGUUUGCGUCAUCGGAGCAAGGGCCAACGCCAGACCAGACUGCGGCCGCAGGUUUUGCGCAUACUUUGCUGCUCAAGUUCCACGAACUUGGUCGUUUUCCUCGUAACUCCGCAACUGAGCAAAUUCACUACAUCGGAAAGUUGCUCGACACCUGCUUCGGGUCAUUGCAGUACAAGGAAAAGAAAGUGGCCUGGAUCCAGAAUCGCGGGAACACUCUGUUCUCAAGGCAGAAACUCCAGCAAGGCGACCUGUUAAUUCAAGAAAUCAACGUGCCUAAGCUGCAAACGGACACCAGCUCGUCCCCUUCCUGUCCUAAAGAUUGUUGUAAGGAUUCGGAAGAGAAGAUGAACAUCAGAGAUGAGACCUCCAACGAUGGAGGACAAGCUGCAGCAGCUGCACCAGCAGCUGCGCCCACUGCAGCAGCCGCAGCACCCACAGCCUCCUCUUUGUCAGCUGCGACGGCAGUGCCGAUCUUCGCGUGUACAACGGCUAGCGAAGAAGAGGUCGUGGGCCUCGUGCUUUCGAUCUACUUCAG